AUGGAGUCCUCCGCCAUCUCACUCUACUUCUCUAUGCUCAGGAGAAACGCCCCAGAUGCGGCACCGGAAGCUAAGGAGUACCUCAUCAACCUCAUCGACUCACCUGGCCACAUUGACUUCAGCAGUGAGGUCUCCACAGCAUCUCGACUGUGCGACGGCGCUGUCGUUCUGGUUGAUGUUGUCGAGGGCGUCUGCAGUCAAACAGUCACAGUACUACGCCAGACCUGGAUCGAAAAGCUGAAGCCAUUACUCGUCUUCAACAAAAUUGACCGACUCAUCACCGAACUCAAGAUGACGCCAAACGAGGCCUAUGUCCAUCUCAGUAAACUCCUGGAACAGGUCAACGCUGUGCUGGGAAGCUUCUUCCAAGGCGAGAGGAUGGAAGAGGAUCUCAACUGGCGCGAGAGGAUGGACGAGCGGGUUAAGGCUGCUGCUGAGAAGGAGUCUGGCAUCGCAGAACGAAUCAAUGAUGCCGGCGAGCUUCAGUUUGAGGAGCGCGACGACGAGGACCUCUAUUUCGCUCCAGAACGCAACAAUGUCAUUUUUGGCAGCGCCGUAGACGGCUGGGCAUUUACCGUUCGUCAAUUUGCCAGUCUGUACGAGAAGAAGCUGGGCAUCAAGCGCGGUAUCAUGGAAAAGGUCCUCUGGGGCUCUUUCUACCUGGACCCGAAGACGAAGAAAAUCCUCGGCCCAAAGCAUCUCAAGGGUCGCAACCUCAAGCUCAUGUUCGUGCAGCUUGUUCUUGAGCCCAUUUGGGCCGUCUACCAGGCCACGACAGGCGGAGAUCAUGGAAAGGGAGACCCCGCUCUGCUGGACAAGAUCACCAAGUCCCUCAACCUGACUUUGCCCCCUCACAUCAUGCGGAGCAGAGACCCAAGGUUAGUGCAGAGCGCCGUUUUCGCCGCAUGGUUGCCUUUGUCUACCGCCCUGCUUGUCUCUGUCAUCGAGUCACUGCCCGCACCGCCAGCCGCCCAAGCUGCAAGACUUCCCGAGAUGAUUCAAGAGUCCCCUGGUGGCGACCAUGUCAGCGAUGAUGUCAAGGAUGCAAUGGUGUCCUUCAAGACGGAAAAGUCAGACCCCAUCGUUGCCUACGUCAGCAAAAUGGUCUCCAUCCCAGAAAGCGAAUUGCCGCAGAACAAGCGACGUGCGGGACAGCUUAGCCCAGAAGAAGCACGAGAACUUGCGCGGAAGAAGCGUGCCGAAGCCGCUCGGGCUCAAGCUGCAGUCGGUGGCGACAAUGCCGUCAACGACCUUGGUACCGCACUCGAGGAAGUCGACCUCGACAAUUACGCUCCGAAGCAAGAAGAGAAGGAAGAGGACCCAGAGCAUCUGAUUGGCUUUGCGCGCAUGUAUUCCGGCACGCUCUCUGUCGGCGAUGAGCUUUAUGUCAUACCUCCAAAGUGGUCGCCUGCGAAUCCACAUUCGCCUGAGCCGCACAAGAUUACGGUGACCGCCUUAUACAUGCUGAUGGGCAGGAGUCUGGAGGCUCUCGACUCUGUACCGGCGGGCGUUGUGUUUGGCAUUGGAGGACUGGAGGGCCACAUUCUCAAGUCCGGAACCUUGUGUAGUCGACUGGAAGGCGCUGUCAACCUCGCUGGCGUCAACACGCUAGGCAAGCCCAUUGUUCGCGUUGCUCUUGAGCCUGUCAACCCUGCUGAUCUCGACAAGAUGAUUCAUGGCCUGCGAUUGCUUGUACAGAGCGACCCAUGCGCCGAGUACGAGCAGUUCAGCAGCGGAGAGCACGUUCUCCUGACAGCAGGCGAGCUUCACCUUGAGAGAUGUAUCACGGAUCUCCAGGAUCGAUUUGCCCACUGCGAAAUCCAAGCUGGCGCCCCCAUCGUACCGUACCGCGAGACCAUUGUCAAGGCAGAGGAGAUGCGUCCACCUGCGAACAAGGACCUCGGCCGUGGUGUCGUGGUCGGUGUGACAUCGUCCAAGCAGGUGUCCGUCAAGCUCCGUGUUCGGCCCCUGCCUGCCAAGGUGACCGACUUCCUCUCGAAAAACAGUGAAUGCAUCAAGCACUUGUACACAGACCGCAAGGUCGAAAAUGGCACCAGCGAGGAGACGCAAGCUGAAGAGGCCGACAUUGACACCGACAUGGCCGCCGGAAAGACCCUGUCGCAAGAAGAAUUCAAGGAGCAGCUCCGGGCCCAGCUCGAGUCUGGCAAGGGCCGCGAGACCUGGGCGAGUUUGGUGACAAGGAGAACGUGGCCCAAGAGGUACAUGGACGCGAUCCGCAAGAAAAAGGGCCUCCUCGUCGAGGGCCGCAACGUGGCGACCGAUGCGCAGAAGCAAAAGACGCUGAAGAGGUAG